AUGCUCGCGUCGCAGCACAGUCUCACGGCGGCGGAGCGCAAGAAGCGCACGAACAAGCGGCUCAGGAAGGUCGAGAAGGGCCAGGACGGCACGGUGCGCCGCUUGUUCUGGUUCGAGGAGUGGGAGGCGGGCGAGGGCCAGAGGAGGACGAUGGUCGAUCCGUCGAUGUUGCGGGUAGAUCGCUUGCAUCAGGCAUCCCAUGACUUCAAGAAUGGCCGCCCUUGGCCUGCCUUGACCAACGGUGUUCCUCAGCUAUGGGACCACUUCCGGCUGUACAUUGGGCUUAUCAGCAGCAUCCAGCCGCCACCGGGUGUCAAACGCAUGAAGCAACUGCAAGCCAUGACCGAAGCCGCCGACGACGGAGGCGAGUCGGGUGAUGAUUCGGACGAUGCAAUGGACGGCAGCACCAAGCCCGUCAAGCCGAUCACUAUAGUUGACGAGGAGAAAGCGCGUGUCAUCCAGGACGAGGCAAUCCGCACCGCGCCAAAAAAGAAGAGUCCUUUCACUGAUGAGCAGCGUCAGCUCCGGCGCGAGGACUUCCGCGAGGCGAAGGAUUCGCGCAUGGACUUCUUCUUCAACGAGACCGAGACCUGCAUCAAAGUAUUCUUCUCGGGCUUCUACCGCGACAAGGGCCUGAUCUGGUCCGAGCAGAGGGCGCGCGACGGCCCCUACCUCAUUGGCUUCUUCCUGAACUUCCUGCUGCGUAGCCGCGUCCUCCCCGAGCCCGAACACGAGAAGGGUCUGCGCAAGGCCCUCCUCGUGGUCGAGCAGGCGCGGAAGGAGCUCCCGCAGACAUUCGUCAUGGGCAAGGCUCUCCCAGAUCACGUGGGCGUAGGCUGCGAGGCGAUCUGGGGGUGCAAAGGCCAAACGAUAUACUGGGUUAACGAGCCUGCCAGCGAUGACAAGGGGGAAACCGCUGCUGGUACGCAGGAAGGUACGGAGGAGCCAGACGCGAAGCGGCGGAAGCUCGAUGAGGACGAAACCGCGAACGUGCUCAAGGACGUGAUCGGGGACGAUGCGAAAGUGGAGGUAUUGACCCCCGAGACUGUCGCCGCCAUCGAGAAGGACGUACGCAAGGAUGAGGCUACUGCGAAUCCCGAUGCCAACGGCACCUCUGAUGGUGGAUGGGGCGCCAGUGGCUGGGGCGACGUCGGCGACACCAACGGCGACACCAACGGCGACACUAACGAAGGUUGGAACAGCGCCGAGGCGGAUGCAUGGGCGGGCGAGGGCGGGAGCACAUGGGACGUUGAGCCCCAGCCGAACCCGCUCAUGGCCCAUCUCGGCGCGACAGCCCUGCCCUUCACCCAUACCACUGGUGUUGUGGAGCGCUCGACUCGCAGGAUCGUCUCGAUCGCACCUGUCAUUGGCCUCGCGACGACCAAGGCGGAGAAGAAGAGACUCAGGGGCCUCAACGAGGUCGGAUUCGUCGAGGACGACCUGAAUGCGCGGUUCGCGAAGAUGUCGCUCGCGCCGUGUCCCGUCUCGGAACCGCAGGGACCAAGUGAUAUCUUGCCACCGGAGAUCAUGCAGUCUUCUCGGGGUCCUGUGGUGAAAGAGGCGUCCGCGACAGUCGAUCAGUCCGCAACACCCAGACCACACAACCCGUUCAAGGACACGAUCACUGUGCUCCUCGAUCCCGCGGUAGCAGACAAGAUGCUCAUUGGUAUGCACCUCGGUGGCGCGUGGGUUCAGAUUGUCCGUCAGAACCCGGGCGAAGGUGACAAGGACGAAGCUGGAGAGCCAACUGGCUUCUGGUACGUAGAGCAGCUUACGUCCAUUCUGCCAAGCUACCACACCGAAAAUUACUUGAACUGA